AUGCCUUUCUCUUAUGACCCACAGAUCUUGGCUGUAUUCCAGGCGAUGCUCGGCAAGGAAGAUCGCCCCAAGGUCCCGAUUGGCGACGUGGAAACUCGCCGCAAAAACUUGGACGCCUUCUUCGCCCCUAUCGCUGCAACUUUGGCACCGCCGGCCGGGACUGUCACUAUCACAGACUAUCACACCACGACAUCAGACGGGCAUACGCUUCUACUUCGCUGGUUCAUGCCCACGACACUUCACGAGCCCUCGAAGGGAUCCGCGUGGGUGUACGCCCAUGGCGGCGGUAUGAUCGCCGGUUCAGUCGAAGUUCUGACUCCGAUCAUUGCUCGGAACGUGGUAUCGGCUAGCGUACCAUUGCUCGCGGUCGACUACCGCUUGGCGCCAGAGGUGCAAGCCCCUGUGCCCGUCACAGACUCGUACGCAGGGCUGCAGUGGUUGCACGAACACGCUGCAGAGCUCGGUGUUGACCCAAAGCGCAUCGGAGUCAUCGGCGAAUCAGCAGGCGGAGGCAUCGCCGCAAGCCUGGCACACUAUGUCAAGCAACAGCACGAAAAGCACAGCGGCAGUCCCGAUGUAAUCCCGUCACUCCAGCGUCAAAUCCUCAUCUAUCCUAUGCUCGACGAUCGAACUACCACAUCUGCCGUAGAAAAGGAGAUUGAACCUUUCCUGCUUUGGUCCCGUGAUGACAACGAAACGGGAUGGAACGCACUUCUCGGUUCGCGCCGCGGUGGUCCCGAUGUCACAGUAGUAGAAGCUGCAGGCCGCACGAACGUCGAACAAGCCCGAGGUCUACCGCCAGCGUACAUCGAUGUCGGCGAGCUGGACCUUUUCCGGCAAGAAGAUAUCGCUUAUGUGCAGACGCUGGGCUUGGCUGGAGUCAGUUGCGAAUUCCAUAUCAUCCCGGGGGCUCCGCAUGCCUUUGAGGCAGCUGCUGCAGCUUCAGAGACUGUUCAGCUGUGCAUGAAGGCGAGAAUUAGGCACUUGCAAAGCAUUUAA